CAUUUGCAUCUGUCUCUGUUUUCCUUUGCUUGCUCUUCGGUUUCCAUGGGGUUUUAGCAGAUAACUAUGUCCCUCGGGAUUUCAUCCUCCUGGAUUGUGGAGGACCUCCCACUGCUAACGAUAUCGAUCACCGGAAAUGGAUGACGGAUGUCAACUCCAAAUUUGUUCCGGCGACCGGUGAUAGCACCGCGUCGAAAGCCGCUACUCAAAACUCUGCAGUUCCUGAAGUCCCUUUCAUGACGGCCCGGGUUUUUCGCUCUAAUUUCACCUAUAGCUUUCCUGUGGCCCCUAGUCGUUUAUUCGUUCGUCUCUACUUUUAUCCUUCUUCUUAUGGAGGUCUUGAUGCAUCUGAUGCUCUUUUCUCUGUCGCCACUCAAUCCUAUACUCUUCUUAAGAACUUCAGCGCUUCACAGACCACUGAGGCUUUGAAUUUUGCGUAUAUCAUUAAGGAAUACUCGAUCUAUGUUGAAGAUGGAAGGUUGAACUUGACUUUCAUUCCGUCCUCCACCCACCCAAAAGCUUAUGCAUUCGUGAACGGGAUUGAGAUUGUGUCGAUGGCCGAUAUUUACAGCGAAACUACUGGCACUACUUUUAUUGUUGGUCAAUCUACUCCGUUCACUGUGGAUAACUCAACUGCGCUCGAGAAUGUUUAUCGGUUGAAUGUCGGGGGGAAUGAUAUUUCGCCUUCGGCUGAUACGGGAAUGUACAGGUCUUGGUUUGAUGACACUCCAUACUUGUAUGGUGCUUCAAUGGGGGUAACGAUGAGCACUGAUCAGAACACGACGAUUAAUUAUCCACCGAGCAUUCCUACUUAUGUUGCGCCAGUUGAUGUCUACUCGACUGCUAGAGCUAUGGGGCCUGAUAACAAUGUCAAUCUGAAUUAUAAUUUGACAUGGAUUUUCUCUGUUGACUCUGGGUUCUUCUACCUUGUUAGGCUCCAUUUUUGUGAGAUUGCUGUAAAUAUCACAAAAGUUAACCAACGAGUGUUCGACAUUUUUAUCUACAAUCAAACUGCUACGGAUGGUGCCGAUGUGAUUGCCUGGGCUAGAAGUAAUGAUACUCCCGUGAUUGAAGAUUAUGUGGUUUACAUUCCGGCCGAGGGAAGUCCACAGAAGGAUUUAUGGCUCGAACUGCAUCCAGACAAGUCUGCGGUCCCGAAUUACUACGAUUCGAUCUUGAAUGGAGUGGAGAUAUUCAAAAUUAAUGAUACAAAUGCUAAUCUUGCUGGGCUGAAUCCGAUUCCUGCACCUAAACAGGAUGUUAUUGACCCAUCAUUAGUUAAGCCAGCAUCUUCUCAUGGUAAAUCGAAGAAUAAUGCAGGGAUUAUUGCUGGAGUUGUUUGUGGUGUAGUUGUUCUAGCUCUGAUCAUCGGUUUCUGUGUUGUUGCUAAACGUCGUCGUUGGAGUGGGAAAGAUUCGAGUACUGUUGAAGGACCAUCAGGAUGGCUCCCUCUUUCUCUCUAUGGAAAUUCACAUUCAGCUGGAUCUGCUAAGACAAACACGACUGGAAGCUACACAUCCUCCCUGCCUUCCAACCUUUGUCGCCACUUUUCGUUUUCCGAGAUCAAGGCUGCCACAAAGAACUUUGAUGAAUCUCUUGUACUUGGAGUGGGUGGUUUUGGCAAGGUUUACAAGGGAGAGAUUGAUGGUGGGACUAUGAAAGUCGCGAUCAAGCGCGGGAACCCUCUCUCUGAGCAAGGUGUGCAUGAAUUCCAAACCGAGAUUGAAAUGCUCUCUAAGCUUCGUCAUCGCCACCUUGUUUCGUUGAUUGGCUACUGUGAAGAGAACUGUGAAAUGAUCCUGGUUUAUGAUUACAUGGCUCAUGGAACGCUGCGCGAGCAUUUAUACAAGACUCACAAGCCACCAUUGUCUUGGAGGCAAAGGCUCGAGAUAUGCAUUGGAGCUGCCCGUGGUCUGCAUUAUCUCCAUACUGGUGCCAAACAUACGAUUAUUCAUCGAGAUGUUAAGACAACCAACAUCCUUUUGGAUGAAAAGUGGGUGGCAAAGGUUUCUGAUUUCGGGUUGUCGAAAACCGGUCCUACAUUGGAUCACACUCAUGUUAGCACUGUAGUGAAAGGUAGUUUCGGGUACUUGGAUCCCGAAUACUUCAGGAGGCAGCAAUUGACUGACAAAUCAGACGUUUACUCCUUUGGGGUCGUCCUCUUCGAGGUCCUAUGUGCUCGGCCAGCCCUCAACCCAACACUCCCCAAGGAGCAAGUGAGUUUAGCCGAAUGGGCUGCACACUGCUACAACAAAGGCAUUCUGGAUCAGAUAAUCGACACAUACCUAAAGGGGAAGAUCGCAUCCGAGUGUCUCAAGAAGUUCGCGGAAACAGCAAUGAAAUGUGUGUCUGAUCAGGGCAUCGAGAGGCCAUCGAUGGGCGAUGUUCUUUGGAAUCUAGAGUUUGCAUUGCAGCUGCAGGAAAGCGCAGAAGAGAGUGGCAAACUAGGCAGUGGGAUCGAAGAAGACGAAGCUCAGCUCGACGUAGUUUACAAAGGGAAGAAGGACCCAGAUGCUUCCCCCGGCAUCGAUGGAAACAUAACCGACUCAAGAAGCACCGGAAUCAGUAUGAGCAUCGGAAGCCGAAGCCUCGCCAGUGAAGAUUCCGAUGGGCUGACCCCGAGCGCUGUCUUCUCACAGAUCAUGAACCCAAAAGGUCGUUAACAUCACAAGGAGAGGCUGCCUCACUCACUCAACUCAGUAAGGCCAUACUUCUAUAGUUUUGAUUGAUCAUAUAAAGGUACAAUCUUUGCUCGUCAAUUAUUACAAAUCUUCCCUCUUUUUCUCUCUUUGAGGCUUCUAAUUAUUCAAAUCCAAGAAAAAUCUCCUCUGUUAUUGUGGCCUGGUAGUAUAAUUUGUUGUAUGUAUAAAAUAUCGAUUGAAAUAUCGGUAUAUUCCAACUUAUUUUACUCCAUACUUUCCUCCAUGUGUGGUUUCUGCA